CGUUUUCAUCCAUCCAAAGCAUUUUGCUUCUCCAAUAUGGAACUCCACAUUCCAACACAAGUCGCCAUCUUAUCCAUUACCAUCAUACUUUUUGCUUCAAUUUCUUCUUCUUUGUCGUCUCCUUUGUCACCAUCAAACUUGCACCCAUUGGUGGUCGACUCCAUGCUCGAGCAUCUCAACUACACCGCCAUAUCCGAGUUCCGGUUGCUGAACAGAAGGCGAAUCCUCGAGUGUCCCGACCCAAACCCGUUUCUCCAAAUCAAUGUCAGUGGCAACGCCACCAUCGGGAAUGAAGAGUACCUUACGGUUAAUGUAACUGGGGUCCUGGUUCCAUCGGAUUCCGACUGGGUCGCCAUGAUUUCUCCAUCGGGUGCCAAGGUCUCGGAUUGUCCACUGAAUAAGGCUCUGUAUGUACAGACUGGUGAUCUUAAGGAUCUUCCUCUUCUAUGCCAUUAUCCUGUCAAGGCACAAUACGUGAGCAAGGAUCCGGACUAUCUGAGCUGCAAGAAGAAGGAGUGCAAGGAGUACAAGGACGGUGAAUGUGCCGUGGCCACAUGUGGCGCCACCUUGACGUUUCACGUCGUAAACAUCAGAACCGAUAUUGAGUUUGUGCUGUUCACCGGGGGGUUUGUCACACCAUGCAUGUUAAAUAGAUCGAACUCUUUGACUUUUGCAAACCCGAACCAACCGCUCUAUGGCCAUCUCUCCAGCAUUGACUCGACCGGGACCUCGAUGAGGAUUACAUGGGUUAGUGGAGACAAGGAGCCCCAAGAGGUGCAAUAUGGAGAUGGGAAAUCACAAACUUCCGAAGUUAGUACAUUCUCCCAAGAUGAUAUGUGCAGUAAGGUGCUACCUAGUCCUGCCAAAGACUUCGGUUGGCAUGACCCCGGCUACAUUCAUUCAGCCGUGAUGACGGGACUGCAGCCUUCUACCUCUUAUUCUCACAAAUACGGAAGUGAUUCAGCUGGUUGGAGUGAACAAGUUCAGUUCAGGACACCCCCGGCAGGAGGAUCAAAUGAACUCAAAUUUCUUGCAUUUGGGGAUAUGGGAAAAGCCCCUCUGGAUGAUUCAGUCGAGCACUACAUUCAGCCAGGAUCAGUGUCGGUGGCAAAGGCAGUGUUGGAUGAUGUAGGCUCGGGCAAUGUGGAUGCCAUCUUUCAUAUUGGUGACAUAAGCUACGCCACCGGCUUCUUAGUGGAGUGGGAUUUCUUCCUCCACCUCAUCAGCCCUUUCGCUUCCCGAGUUUCCUACAUGACUGCAAUUGGGAACCAUGAAAGAGAUUAUGUGGACUCGGGAUCCGUGUAUAUAACUCCGGACUCCGGGGGGGAAUGCGGCAUUGCUUAUGAGACAUACUUCCCAAUGCCAACCCCAGCGAAGGACAAGCCAUGGUAUUCCAUAGAACAAGCCAGUGUUCAUUUUACCGUGAUUUCAACCGAACACGACUGGUCCGAGAAUUCAGAGCAGUAUCAAUGGAUGAAAGGGGACAUGGCUUCAGUCAACCGAUCUAAAACUCCUUGGUUAGUUUUCAUGGGUCACAGGCCCCUGUACACUUCUGGUACCGGAUUAGGUGCUGACCAAAGGUUUCUUGAUGCUGUAGAACCAUUGCUGUUGGAUAACAAGGUUGAUAUAGUUCUCGUCGGCCACGUUCAUAACUAUGAAAGAACAUGCUCGGUUUACCAAAAUCAGUGUAAAGCUAUGCCAAAGAAAGAUCAAAACGGGGUCGAUACUUAUGAUCACAGCAAUUAUAGCGCUCCCAUGCAAGUGGUUAUUGGUAUGGCCGGGUUCACUCUGGAUAAAUUCGAAGAUAAGCCAAGUGACUGGAGUUUGAUAAGGAUUUCUGAAUUCGGCUAUUUCAGAGGACAUGCGACUCCAGAAGAGCUACGGUUAGAGUAUGUGAAUGCCGACACAAGGAAGGUCCAAGACACCUUCCGCAUCACCCGAUAACCCGACUUUUUAAGUGAGCGGGAAGGUAUUACAGACAACAAUUAGCGGCCAUAGCUGCACAGUCGUGUGCUUCUACAUUGUUCUUUACACAGACAAACAGUAUAGAUAACCUGUGCUUCUUGAUUGUCUGGCUUGAUCGAAUGCUCUUAAUAACACAGAUUCUUGAUUUCAGUA